CUACCCGGCAGCUGAGAGCAUGGCCUCCCCGCGGGCCGCGGCGCCCCGGCCGGAGUUACCCGAGCGGAACUUCGAGUACUGCGAGGUCCAGUACUGGGACCAGCGCUACCGAGACGCGGCCGACUCCGCCCCCUACGAGUGGUUCGGAGACUUCUCCUCCUUCCGGGCCCUCCUGGAGCCGGAACUGCAGCCCGAGGACCGUAUCCUCGUGCUAGGUUGCGGAAACAGUGCCCUGAGCUAUGAGCUGUUUCUUGGAGGCUUCCCUAACGUGACCAGUGUGGAUUACUCAUCAGUAGUGGUGGCUGCCAUGCAGAUGCGCUAUGCUCACAUACCCACACUACGCUGGGAGACCAUGGAUGCACGGGCACUGGGCUUCCCCAGUGGCUCCUUUGAUGUGGUGCUUGAGAAGGGCACACUGGAUGCCCUGCUAGCUGGGGAGCGAGAUCCCUGGACUGUAUCUUCUGAAGGUGUUCACACUGUGGACCAGGUGCUGAGUGAGGUGGGAUUCCGAAAGAGGACAAGACAACUCUUUGGCUUGCAUACCCAGCUGGAGCUGAUCUUGGCAGGUGUCUCUCUACUGCUGGCUACACUGCUUCUGGGCUGCCUGUUGGCCCUAGGGGUUCAGUACUACAGAGACCCAUCCCACAGCACCUGCCUCACAGAGGCCUGCAUUCGAGUGGCUGGAAAAAUCCUGGAGUCUCUGGACCGAGGGGUGAGCCCCUGUGAAGACUUUUACCAGUUUUCCUGUGGAGGCUGGAUUCGGAGGAACCCCCUACCUGAUGGGCGUUCUCGCUGGAACACCUUCAACAGCCUCUGGGACCAGAACCAGGCCAUACUGAAGCACCUGCUUGAGAACACCACCUUCAACUCCAGCAGUGAAGCCGAGAGGAAGACACAGCGCUUCUACAUGUCCUGCCUACAAGUGGAACGCAUUGAGGAGCUGGGCGCCCAGCCACUGCAGGACCUCAUUGACAAAAUCGGUGGUUGGAACAUUACGGGGCCCUGGGACCAGAACAACUUCAUGGAGGUGCUGAAGGCAGUAGCAGGGACCUACAGAGCCACCCCAUUCUUCACCGUCUACAUCAGUGCUGAUUCUAAGAGUUCCAACAGCAAUGUCAUCCAGGUGGACCAGUCUGGGCUUUUUCUGCCCUCUCGAGAUUACUACUUAAACAAAACUGCCAAUGAGAAAGUGCUCACUGCCUACCUGGACUACAUGGAAGAGCUGGGGAUGCUGCUGGGUGGAGGGCCAACCUCCACCCGAGAGCAGAUGCAGCAAGUGCUGGAGCUGGAGGUGCAACUGGCCAACAUCACAGUACCCCAGGACCAGCGGCGGGACGAGGAGAAGAUCUAUCACAAGAUGAGCAUCUCUGAGCUGCAGGCUCUGGCGCCCUCCAUGGACUGGCUUGAGUUUCUGUCUUUCUUGCUGUCACCCCUGGAGUUGGGUGACUCUGAGCCUGUGGUGGUGUAUGGGACGGAUUAUUUGCAGCAGGUGUCAGAGCUCAUCAAUCGCACAGAACCAAGCAUCCUGAACAAUUACCUGAUCUGGAACCUGGUACAGAAGACAACCUCGAGCUUGGACCAGCGCUUUGAGUCUGCACAGGAGAAGCUGCUGGAGACCCUUUAUGGCACCAAGAAGUCCUGCACACCGAGGUGGCAGACCUGCAUCUCCAACACGGAUGAUGCCCUUGGCUUCGCUUUGGGUUCCCUCUUUGUGAAGGCUACCUUUGACAGACAAAGCAAGGAAAUUGCAGAGGGGAUGAUCAGUGAAAUCCGGUCUGCUUUUGAGGAGGCCCUGGAGGAGCUGGUUUGGAUGGAUGAGAACACCCGGCAGGCAGCCAAGGAGAAAGCAGAUGCCAUCUAUGAUAUGAUUGGUUUUCCGGACUUCAUCCUGGAGUCCAAAGAGCUGGAUGAUGUAUAUGAUGGGUAUGAAGUCUCUGAAGAUUCUUUCUUCCAAAACAUGUUGAAUCUCUACAACUUCUCUGCUAAGGUGAUGGCUGACCAGCUCCGCAAGCCUCCCAGCCGAGACCAGUGGAGCAUGACCCCCCAGACAGUGAAUGCCUAUUACCUUCCAACCAAGAAUGAAAUCGUCUUCCCUGCUGGCAUCUUGCAGGCCCCCUUCUAUGCCCGCCAUCACCCCAAGGCCCUGAACUUUGGUGGCAUUGGUGUGGUAAUGGGCCAUGAGUUGACACAUGCCUUUGAUGAUCAAGGGCGUGAGUAUGACAAGGAAGGGAACCUGCGGCCCUGGUGGCAGAAUGAGUCCCUGGCAGCUUUCCGGAACCACACGGCCUGCAUGGAGGAACAGUACAACCAGUAUCAGGUCAACGGGGAGAGGCUCAAUGGCCGUCAGACGCUAGGGGAGAACAUUGCUGACAACGGGGGGCUUAAGGCUGCCUACAACGCUUAUAAAACAUGGCUGAGGAAGCAUGGUGAGGAACAACAGCUGCCAGCUGUGGGGCUCACCAACCACCAGCUCUUCUUUGUGGGAUUUGCCCAGGUGUGGUGCUCAGUCCGCACACCAGAGAGCUCUCAUGAGGGGCUAGUGACCGACCCCCACAGCCCUGCCCGCUUCCGUGUGCUGGGCACUCUCUCCAACUCUCGUGACUUCCUGCGGCACUUCAGCUGCCCUGUCGGCUCUCCCAUGAACCCAGGGCAGCUGUGUGAGGUGUGGUAGACCUGGGUCUGGAAGAAAUGGCCUGCUGCCACCAGAGCCUGGGGCUUCCAGAAUAGGAAAAAGCAAAUGGACUGGGCUGGGUCCAGUCCCUCCACCCCACAGAUGAGAGUCUAUUACCCCCUCAACCACAUCGUGCCUCUGCUUUGGGGGUGCCCCUGCCUCCAGCAGAGCCCCCGCCAUUCACUGUGACAUCCUUCUGUGUCGCCCUGCCUGGAGGGGGUCUGAGUGGAGGCACCAGUUCCCACAGGAAGGAGCCUGCUCACUCAGCUUGGGGGCCAUAUUGUGCCUGCCCCAUUCUAAGUACAAAGACCCAUGGCUGUGCCUCCUGGCUUCCCCCCAGGCUCCUUCAGUGCCCACGUGGGACGAGUGGGCUCAACUCCUUCCAGCCCUGACCUCAGGGGCUGCCCCUAUCCUGUACUCCUUGUGCUGCUGCUCCUAGUACUGCUCCUCCCCACCUCAUGGACAGACCGGCUGUGCUUGGCUCUUAGCAGAAAGCUGGGGCUUGACAAGCCUUCUUGGGGCCCAAUUUCCCUGGGGUGAGAGGGCAAGCGUGUAUGUGUAGAGUGCUGGUUCCUGUGUUUCAGGGCACAAGUCUCAGGGGAUGACUGAGUCUCCCUGGACCAAACAGUAAAGCAGAUAGUGCAGGGAAAAGGAUGGACAGAGUUUAUUUUUACAGAAAAGAGGGUGGGGAGGGUGUGGCCCUGUAGGACCGUUUGCCAAUAAAUAGACCCACAUCAGUCA